AUAUGGCGGCCACUGGAGUGAGAUAUGAUGAAGGGGCAUCUACUUUUACUUCCAAUUGUUUCCCUGUGCGGAGUUUUUACCGGCAGAACCUAGAUGGUGAUGGAGCCUGGCUGACAGCUUAUCAAGCCGAGCAACGAAAACGUUUCAAAGCAAUUCUGUGCAGUCGUCCCAAAACAUACUCGCAAAUUAGAGAGGAACGUAAAAGGUGCGAACGAGAGGGAACCAAGCUGACAGCUGACAAAUUCAAACAAGAUGAAGAAGAUGAUAUCCCCACUCUGGAUGGAUUCUUUUUGAUGAAACACUGCUGCGUAGAGGAUCCGUCCGAUCUGUGCUCUGUUAACAUCGCUGGCAAAGAAAUAUCAGAGGUCAAGGAAGAGGACUUUGCUCUCUUUGACAAUGUGGCUUACGUCAAUGCAGGGGAAAAUUACCUUCCCUUUGAGGCUUUCCGAGGAUUCCAGACUCUUCGAGAAUUGGAAAUGCCGCUGAAUGGUUUGAGAUGCUUGAAGAUUGAUCUGACAGACUUCCCUCAUCUUGAACUGUUAGACUUGUCCUACAACAAUCUGUCUCACGAAGAUGUGUUGCUGCUUGGGUUGCUUCAGAAUCUCAAAGUUCUGCAUCUGAGUGGCAACAAUUUCACCUCUCUACCAGCGGACAUGGCGUUACCGUAUAUAUCUCAAGAUAGAAAAUAUCGCCAGGCCAGAUAUCCUAAGCUUGAAAUAUUAAUGAUUGAUGACAAUAGGUUAUCGGACGUAACAGUAUUUGCAGCACUGGCUGGCUUACAGAGAUUGAAACAUCUGAACAUGGAGAAGAAUCUGGUGUAUUACGUCCCUCAGCUGAAAUCUGUAGAAGGGAAGGUCGUCACACAAGAAAGUAUACCACCAAAGAAGUUUUCAAAAUCCGCACGAAAGAGUGGCAGGUCAAGCCAGAGGUCAAGGUCGGCUGCUCACAAGGAUUCUGGGAAAAAGGCCACACCCACAAAUGCAGACGAAGGGAAGGUUUCAGAAGACACUAAAGAGGCAGAAAGUGAUAAAGCGCCAGUUGCAGUAACGGUCAUCAAAGAAGAUGUCACAGAUUCAGAACCACCACAACCGGUUAGUGAGGAAAACACUGGUGAUGAUCUUCUGAAUGCCGACCUCAGUUUAAAUCUGGGCAACAUCACGGAACGCAUGAACGCACUGCAAGGUAACAGCAGUGGCGACGUAUCGUAUCACGGUGGAGGAAUGGAGGAACUGCCUGCUAUGUCACUGUGUGCCUUUCCCGAACUCCGCUACAUCAGUCUGGCUUUCAACAAGAUUGAGGAUGAGGAGGGAUUACUGGCCGUGGCAGCGUGGCCAAUGUUGAUGGAGCUGGUGAUCCACGACAACCCUCUGACCACCGACAACUCAGGAGACCCGCCAUUACUGAAGAGAUUCCUUCAGGACAGACUGGGCAUCCAGAUUGUUAGGAAACUGAAAAAACCGAUACAGAAACCAGUCAUAGAUGUACCAGUGAAAAAACACAGAAAGGUGAGGGAUCAUGUCCCAAAGGUGCCACGCCCACCCCUCGAGGAACGUCUGAUGCUAAUGGGCCCUGAGCCACACCCACCAGCGAAGGUUGAAACGAAGGAGAGAAGUGACGUUUCAUCAGCAAACAUCCAAACCAGCAAACCCCUGCCUCCCAUCGGCACAAAACUGACGAAACCCGAAGACAAAGAGUCUGAACGUCCGACCGAAACAGCCUGGACGGAUGAGCAGACACAGGCCGUCAACGAACAGACACAGCCAUCCACCGAAGAUGCCUUUUUUAUGACCCAGGUAAAUGAACAAGAGGAGGAGACAACAGAACAAAAACAAGAGACCUCACAAGACAAGGGAGAGAAGCCAUCUAUGACUGUCGAUCGCUAUGAGGGCUACGAGGAAUUGCUCACCAUGGAUGACGUCGAGGUUGAAGAUGUCUGUCCUGCCAAAGAUAUUCAAGGCAAUCUUCGAGCUUUAAAACUUGCCCUGAACUAUCCGCUGGUGUACAGAGACCCUUCUGCAAGAUUAGACACAGUGCCGCGGCAAGUGAAGGAGUAUCGAAGGGUGCCAAUGCCUCCGCCACGUGCGAAAACGAAAGCCCAGAGGGUGAACGAAGUCCUUCACGAGUUGAAGACGCGCUCCACCGUGGACGAGGCGCCACUGUCUGAGGUGAUGUCUGGGGGAGACCCCGACAUGAGGAAACAAUUCCCUGAGGCAGAGAACCUUCUGGCCGAGAUACAAAGCUGCUACAAUACGGUGAGAGUGGAUUCCAUGAAGCACGCUCGACACACCCGUAAAGUGGUGGGCCAUGUUCUCGAGUCGGUGAAGAGCAGUGGAGUUAAACUGGCCAAGCUGGCCAACGAGCAAGUAACGUCGUGAUACGUUGGCGAAACACGAAAUCAUCACCUGUUAUAUUUGUGAACUGUAGAUUCAUACAGCUGUGCUUUCUCCCCAGCAUUUUGGCAUAAAAGCAGGACCUAAAAAUUGUAAUUCUGGUGUGACUGAAAUUCUUAUUGUGUAAACAUUUCAUUAUUUUGAUUACAAUUUCUACCCGUUUUUGACAGCAUCGAACUGCCUACAUUCAGGUAAUAUAAUUCUUGUAACAGUUUACGUAAUGUCCAGCUUUUUUCAAAUAGUAUCUUAUUGCGUAUGGUUUUUUACCCAAGUAAUCAAUUUUUUAAUAACAUGAAUUGCAUUAGGGGCCUACCCCUGGUACGAAUCUGGUUCGAAUGUCCCAACAGCCAGUGAAAUGACAAGAAUCUUCCAUUGUCAAAAAAAUUAAAAAUAAAAUAAAAUAAAUAAAUACAUUUUUCCUUUUCUCCACUCGAUUUCCAGUUCUGUUUUAUUCUUUUAUUAAAUUGGAUCUAACUAGUUAUGUUAACUAGUAUGUUUUUACAGUAGUCAUGAUACAAUGUUUUGGAUUUAGAUGUCUUUGUAAAUAUUACUUCGACUCAAGCAUUUCAUUCAAGCUCCUAAAAAUUAUCUUUCGACUAAUCUAAUUUUUUAAAACAAAUAUUACAUCCUCUAUUCCCCUUCCUGUUUCCUGUGUUCACCCCUAAACACCCCCCCUACCCACCUAUAAGUUGUUAUACAUUGGGUUAAGUAAAAUUAAAUUAACUGUCAUCUACUAAAAAACCCAGCUUUAACAUACGCAACUUCUGUCACCAUUCCCAUGCAAAAUCCACAGAAAUAAAAAAUUUAAAAUCAUUUCUCAAAUUAUUUAUAAUUCAGUACUGUAUAUGAGAUGCUGUGGUUUGAUUUAAAUACUAUUAUGCCAAAAACAAUCAUCUUUUAAACUGUGUUCCAUAGUAUGGUCCAUAAUCCAUAUGUAAGAUAUAAAAUUAUUUUAUAAUAUAUUUUUACUUAAUGUAAGUCAUGAGUUGAAAAUGGCAAUUGAAAAGUGCAAAAAAUUAAUAUAUCCAAGACCAUAAAAAAAUUUCGUCUACAAAAUACAUGUAUAUUUACAACAUACAUUCAAAAUUUGAAUGAAAUUGUAACCUUUUGUUUCAACUUUAGUUUUUCCUACAAUUUAAUUUUAUUCUGUUACAUAUUGGCUACAGUUCCAUUUUUUAAAAAUUAUACAUUAUAAUGAUGUAACUAUAUGUAUUGUUGUUUUGCAAUGUGUUGUGAUGAUUGAUUAUAAUCAGAUAUUUAUUUGUUGAACUUUGGUUUGAAAGUUUAUAAUUAAUUGUCAGUACAGUAUGUAACUUUAAUGCUGUACUGAAUUUUGUUAUAGGCCAUGAAUCAGCAUUUUUUAAAAACUGUUAUUGUAUAUGUGUCUUGUGUUUCAUGUUCUACAUAAUGUUCAUAUUACAGGUGUAAGUGGAAGUGAACAGAUUGUCAUAAACUGGUAAAA